GCAGCAGCAGCAGCAGCCACAGCAGCAGCAGCAGCAGCAGCAGACAGACGCAGGCUUCACUCAGCAGCAGUGGGAUGCUGGGUCCAACCUGCUCUCUAUGAGAGACACGCACGCGGGAUCCUCCGGUAUCAGCACUCUAGCAAGCAGCAGCAGCGGCUCGAACGAGUCCGUGCCGGACAGCAAUCCCGCGCCCGUGACGUCAGUGAUGACGCGACACAAUCUCGUCAAGAGUCAGCGCAAGAUCGAGAAGAUCAAUCGGUCGGCACAGGACGUCGUCGACGACAUCAUGUCGUCGUACGGCAAGGACGCAGAGGAGGCGGAAAGCGCCGCCGAGUCCUUCAUCAGCGGGGUGGCGCCACUGACGAAAUCGACGUCGUCGCUCGCCACUAGGCGGCGCUGCGGAUCGGCGAACCGAUCCGGUUCGGAUACGACGUCGGCGUGGUCCGAUUCGGACGCCGUCGGCAGUCUUCGGGUCCGCGCGCUGGAAGAUGGCGUCGCCACCUACGAUGGUUACGACUCGCUGGAGGAACUCGAUGAUUCGCUGAGCGAGAGCGAGAGUCAGCCGACGUGGCCGCCAGAGGGCGCUGUGAACCGUGCUGUACUAUCGGCGCUGCCGACGGCGGUGGCUGGCGCGGAGAACGGGAACACGCGGAUAGGAAACAACACCAGAGGAGAAGGAGAGCGAGGAGGAGGUGGAAGAGGAGGGGGAGGAGGAGGAGGAGGAGGAGGCGGCGUGAUCCUCGCUUCCACAAGGGAACAGAUCCGCAACGAGAGAGAAAGUUUCAUUUAGAAUCUUCCUCUCCGUCGAAGGCGAAGGAAGCAUUCGCAUCUUUAGAUUAUGGAACAAAAUACAACAAGCCUAAGAAAUGUGUAUUUCGUUGUAAUUUCCUAAACAGAUGUUCACUCAAAAGCAAUCAGGUUGUUCACGAUAGCUUAUGGCCCUGCCAUAGCUUAUGAACUCGGUUUCAUUGGUCACGUUUAAAUUAGGCUGACAAAAUGAUUUAAUAUAAGAUAUAACUUAAAUAUAAUCAAGUAUCAAGUAUCACGUAUUCAAGUAAUAAUCUAACUGAAUGCCAUAGGUGUGUAUCAAUGUGUUGUUCGUCUUUAUUCCAUGUCUAUACCAUUGAAGUUUCAAUUUUCUCAUAUCUCAUUUUACAUGUCUGUGUAUAUAUAUAGGCUUUUUAUUUCUAUCUAUGGAUAAAUCUCUAGCAAUUAGAAUAACUGUACGCAGUGUGUCUGUCAAGCGUUGUAUAUUCAUUAUUGUUGAGAUGAGAUGUGUUUAUAUCUGAGAUUGUUUGCUUCUGUUGUGUCUCGCUUGUUUUGUACACACAUAGUCAUCCUUAUUCAGCGUGUGCAUGUAGAGGAAAUUAGAUUAAAAUAAAAUUAAUAUAUCUAUAUGUAUAAUGUAAAUGUUUGCAGUAUAAUAAACCUUGUAAAGAUAUAUAAUUCGCAAA